GGAGAACGAUGAGGAUCACGUUGGACUUGGAGCCGAACUCGGAGCCAAGCCGAUCUCAAACUCCGAAAGACGAAGUCGAAUGGGUCCCACUUCCCAAACACCCUCUCUUCACCGCCACCGCAGGCGGCGGUUCCGCCGCAACCGGCGCCGGAAACCUGCUGGCCUGGGACGGAGCCUCUCGACUCUAUUUCUGGGAUUCCAACAACAACUUCCUCCAUCGCCUCUCUCUUCGACUCGGCGAUCCAGAUCCCAUUUCCGUCUUCGCCGCUUCCCCCUCUAAGGUUUUGCAAGCGGAUGUUUCGCCCACCUUUGAUGUUCAGAAAAUCUCCAUCAACAGGAAUGGAACAGCUAUGCUACUUUCUGGUUCUGAAAGACUCUCUGUUAUGUACCUCUAUGGACGCACAUCCAAAAAGGACGUAAACUUGAUUUGCAGGACUAUAACAGUUGGUUCUCAAGCAUAUUCCACCGGAAGCAAUGAUAUUCGUGUAUUAAAAGCGUUAUGGCACCCUUACAGUGAUACUCAUUUGGGAAUCCUUUCUUCUGACUCAGUUUUCCGGCUUUUUAAUCUUGCUGUGGAUCCUUUGCAACCAGAGCAAGAAUAUUAUUUACAGCCUGUGGAGCCAGGUAGAUCCAGAAAUGCCUCAUCAGUGUGCCCAGUUGAUUUUUCUUUUGGGGGAGAUCACUUAUGGGACCGAUUUAGUGUUUUAAUUUUGUUCAGUAAUGGGGAUAUCUAUGUAAUUUGCCCAGUGGUUCCAUUUGGAAGUCUCUUCAAAUGUGAGUCUUUAUUAGAAAUAUAUAAUGAUGCUCAUACAUUUGGGCUAACAUCAGCCAACUCGGUAGCAGCUAGUAAUUCAAAGUUGGCAAUCUCCUGGUUUGAAGCUACAUUUCCCGAGUUACAAAACCAAGAAACUGAAGGAGACAACCUGUCCAUGCUAAGAGCUCAAGCUUAUGCUUUAUUUGAUGCAUCUCUUGUCUUGCAGGGACCUCUGCGAAGAGUAGGUCAGGGCAGAAAUGAAGAUUCAGUUAGUCGUAGUGCAGAAUGUGAAGGUCGUGCAAUUAGUUUUCUCUACAAUUUAGUCAGCAAAGAUUCUAUUUUGGUGACUGCCUGGAGUGGUGGGCAAUUACAGAUAGAUGCUUUAGCUGAUGAGAUCCAACCUGUCUGGAGUAUCGGUAGUCCACCUCGUCUUCGUGUUGAUUCCCAUGACCAAAUUCUUGGCCUUGCUAUGAUUUGUGAGUCGAUUGCCAGCAGCUGUCCGGAGAAGCUUGAUCAUAAUGCCUGGUCGGGUAAUCCACCCCCUCUGCUGAGACUGGCUGUUGUUGAUUUGGCUCUUCCAAAAAGAGCAGAAAGUAGUUAUAAUAUUUCAUUGUUCAUUGAUACCCUUAUGCCAGAAAGAAUAUAUUCCCUUCAUGAUGGAGGGAUUGACUCAAUAGUGUUGCAUUUUCUUCCAUUUACUAGUCAGACAAAUGGAAAGGAUGAUACAAUGAGAACACCUUCUGUGCAUCCUGUUCUAAAUACUUGCCAGAGUGGAUGCACCUCAGAGCCUUCACUUUGUGGUUUUGUGUCAUUGUCAGAUUCAUUUGGAUAUUCGUGGAUUGUAGCCGUUACUCUUUCUCAAGAGUGUGUUGUGCUUGAGAUGGAAACCUGGAACCUCUUGCUUCCAGUAAGUAUUGAGAUGGAGAAGAAACUCAUUCAAUCAGAGGGGGAAUCAAAAGAGAGAGAUAUACCGACAAUAAUUAGCAAAGAACUACUUAGUGGGCCCAAAGAGGUACUUGUUCCUCGUGCCUCUCCAAGUUUGCGUUCUGUUGCUGCUGAUUCAAUUGAAGGCCGAUCAACAUUACAUCAGUAUUUCAGGCUGUUUCAUGAAACUUAUGUGGAGUAUGCCCAUAAGGUCACAGAGAUCGAAUCCGGGAAACAACAUCUUUGCAAUUACGCAAGAGUUCACAUGGAGCUCAAGCAUCAUGCACCUCAGUUGAAGAGAAUAAUUAAUGGCCAAUAUUCUCGUAUAGGUGAUGCACAGCAGAAACUUUUGAAAGUUGAGGAGAAACAGUCUAUAUUACAGAAAAGGAUAGAUUGUGCAAUUCAAAUGCAUGAUUCCUUGGAAGAGCGCUUGCAACAAUUAAGGAACUUGCCUUGCGCUCACAAAAAACCGCUGUCCACAGCAGAGCGACAGUUUAAGUCUGAGCUUGACCACUUCAAGGAAGUUGAGUUGGAUGCUUUGCAUUCUUCUGUUGACGCACUAAGUGCAAGGCUGAGAAGGCACGCGCAAGCUUCUAAAUCUAGUCACCAACAACAGAAAAUAUCAGGCAAGAAAAUUUGUGCUGGAGAUGAUCAGUUAUCCAUGCUCAAAUCAUCACUUGAAAAACUUUCGCUUGUAAAUACUGAAAAUUCAAAGAAAGUUAAGGUUGUCGAGUCUACAUUGAGAAACAAAGAAAGAAGCAGCAGAGAAUCAAGCCUGCCUAUACUUUAAAAUUGUCCUAUCGUAUUUACUUUCUGUGGAAGGACGGGUGUGUUUCAUAGGAAGAGAUUUUGGAAUUACUGUUAACAUUUUGAAGUAGCAAAAUUUGUAUGUUGUAUCUAACUCCUUUUCAUUGUCAGAAUCAGAGAAGAAAUGCCGGGGUACCUUGGUAUUUACUCUGUAUUGAAGUAGAACAUGCGGGAAAAGCUUUUCAAUUUCCUUCUCGGAGGCUAUUACUGCC